CUCCGCGUUGUUCCGGCGGAUGGAGCUGACUGCAGAAUGAAGCAGGAACAUCAGGAGCUGAUCCUGGAGCUGUGCUCGGCGAGGAGUCUGAGGGUGGGGGAGAAGAUCCAGACUCUGUGGAGUGGAUACGGUCAGAUCCUCAGGGUUUAUCUGCAGGGCUGCGAUCGCCAGUCUGUGGUGGUGAAACUCGUGAUGUUUCCUCAGGAGGGUGAACAUCCGGGAGGAUGGAACACGGACAUCUCGCACCAACGCAAAGUCCGGUCCUACCAGGUGGAAACUCACUGGUACCAGAACUACAGCACUAAUGAACACUGCCGGAUCCCAGAAUGCAUUGCGGCGCGGUCGAUUGGCGAGGACCUGCUGAUAGUUCUGGAGGAUCUGGACGCGGCCGGUUUUCCUGAAAGGAAGACCAGCGUACGGGACUCUGAGAUAAAGUCCUGCCUCCGCUGGAUCUCCAGCUUCCACGCUCUGUUCCUCGGUGUCCCCCCGCAGGGUCUCUGGCCGGUGGGCACCUACUGGCACCUGGAGACUCGCCCGGAGGAGCUGGAGGCCAUGGGAAACCGGGAACUGAAGGCGGCGGCGGCGGAGAUCGACUCCGUACUCAACCGCUGCCGCUUCAAGACCAUCCUGCACGGAGACGCCAAGCUCGCCAACUUCUGCUUCUCCGAGGACGGCUCGCGAGUCGCCGCCGUCGACUUCCAGUACGCGGGGGGUGGCUGCGGGAUGAAGGACGUGGUCUACUUCCUGGGCAGCUGCAUGGACGAGCGACAGUGCGAGAGACGAGUCCCCGGGUACCUGGACUUCUACUUCUCGGAGCUCAGAGGGGCGGUGGGACAGAAGGUGGACUUUGCGGCGCUGGAGGACGAGUGGAGGAGUUUGGUCGCUUUCGCGUGGACCGACUUUCACCGCUUCCUCCUCGGCUGGAUGCCGGGACACCAUAAGAUCAACAGGUACAGCAAGACACUAACACAGGAAGUCCUGAAGAGGCUCGCCCAGAGAUCUGAUAAACCCAAGUGAAGAUCUAGAGGACCUCUCCUCUCUAAGACUCUCUAGGAAACUGGACAUCAUUAAUAUAUAUA